AUGGCAGGUCGUGAUCUCACGUCUAUCAUCAAUAACCUGAUUGCCCUUAACAAAUGGUCUGAUAUUGCCAUGGCAGAACGGCAUUACGCUACGCAUACCCUCGACGAACUGGAGACGGAAAUUGGAAAUGAGAUUGCCAAGGUGACAAUGGGUGAUACGCGGUAUAAAUGUUCGAUUUUCUUUACGCAAGACUCGGCACCUGUUUGCGAGAAGAUUUGCAUUGAUAUUGGUGUCCUUCGGGAUACACUGCUUCCAUUGGUGAUUAACUCGAUUCAGCAUACCCCGCAGGGAAAUGUGUCUGUUACCGCGUCGAUUCAAGCAGAUCGCAAGCAACUGAUUGUUGAUGUUGAAGAUACGGGUCGUGGUAUUCAUGUCAAUGAUCAACAGCGCAUCUUUGAGGCGUAUGAGAAGGUUGAUCCGCAUUCGGCGGGUGCUGGAUUGGGACUUACGCUUGCUUCGAAAUUUGCGUCACUUAUCCACGGCUCCGUUGAAUUGGUUUCUUCGGAGAUCGGUCGCGGUUCACAUUUUAGAGCUAUAUUCCGUGAAGUCGAGUGUGAUUUCUCGUCGCAACCGCCGCAGUCUCUAGCUGUGAAGUUCGAUAGCCUUCCCUCGCGGCUCUUCAAGUUCCCAGCCGUGUCUGGUUCUUCCUCACUGAGUGACUAUCUUGCAUCGUUCCUAAUUCGCAACGGCUUUACUCGCUCGGGAACAAUAGAGAACAGCCUGGUCAUUCUGGAAGCUGGACACGACAUGGAAGAGCACCGUGAAUCCCUCUCACAAAUUCCGUCCGACCAAGUCGCCAUCUGCCUCGUCCCAAUAUCAGAAGAGAAACACUUCCUCCAACAAACCGAGGAUAACAUCCUGUACAUCAACGGUCCAUUCUUAACGUCAACAUUCCACUCCGCUCUCAAAAAAGUACACGACUUCCUCAAGAGUACCUCCAAACCACCUUUACACGAACCAAAUGCACUCGAAAAACCCAUCGUCACGCCAAUAACGAUACAAAAAAACCCAAUUACAGACGAAAGCGCCGCACCAGUUUCAUCAACUAUCAUCACGAAUCAUAUCAGCACGAACACCACAAAUUCACUAACACAAGCAGACAUAUCGGUUCCUGUCGAGAUACAAAUACCCAGCACAUUACACCCACCGCUCCGGACCUCCCCACGACCAAUGACAUUGAUAGUAGACGAUAACGCUGUCAAUCUGCGCGUGAUGGAAACAUACUGCACGAAACGAGGUCUACCCUAUCUCUCCGCUAUGAACGGCCGCCAAGCUGUUGAAAUCUUUACUAAACAUCAAAAACAAUCAACCUCAUCCUCAAACUCAAACUCAGCCUCAGACGAAAUCACAGAUUCCUCCAUCCAACUAAUCUUCAUGGACCUCCAAAUGCCCGUAUGCGGCGGCAUCGAGGCCACACAACAAAUCCGGGCCCUUGAGAAAUCUAACAAUUGGCGAAAUGCCUUCUUGUUCGUUAUGACAGGCCAGGAUAGUUCGGCGGAUAGAAAUGCUGCGGAAGAGGCGGGGGCUGAUGAGUAUUUUGUUAAACCGGUUGUUAUUAAACAGUUGGAUCGGGUUGUUAGGCAGUAUUUUCCGGCUUUUGGGAGUGGGUAG